AUGUCAUCAAAAUUUGGACUUGAUUAUGCUAAACGAGUUGCCAAAUGUAAGAAAUGUCAACAACAGCUAUUAAAAGGAGUCGGUUAUACGUUAGAAGGCUUAAAGAAAGGUGCAUAUGAAAUGUUUCAAAAUUCACGAAAUCUGCAAGGUGUCAUUGAAAAAUGUCAGUAUGCUGAUAAAGAAAAGUUAUUGGAAAGUGGUAUAGUUUUGAAUAUACCAAUUAAGCCUAUGCUUGCUGAACCAUGCCGAAGUAUUAAACAAGCAAUGGAAAAAUGUAACAAAGAAAUGUAUGCUGAAAUCAAAUAUGACGGAGAAAGAUUGCAAUUGCAUAAAGAUGGUAGCAAAUUCAUGUUUUUCUCACGGUCAUUGAAACCAACAUUAGACCACAAGGUGGUCGAUCUGAAUAAAAUAAUCUCAGAGGCAUUUCCAACAAGUAGAGAUUUAAUUGUUGAUGCAGAAAUGCUACUGAUUGAUACAAAUACUGGAAAACCGUUACCUUUUGGAACAUUAGGUAUCCAUAAAAAGAAGCAAUUCAAGGAUGCAGCAGUUUGUUUAUUUGUUUUCGAUUGCAUAUAUUACGAUAGCAAUUCGUUAAUAGAAAAGUCAUUAAGGGAAAGGCGAAAAUUUUUGGAGGACAAUAUGAAGGAAAUUCCAAAUCGUAUAUUAUUAUCCAGUUGUCAUCUUAUUAAAAAAGGAGAAAAUGAUAAGUUAGAAAUUUUGAUCUCGAAAACCAUUGAUGAGGGUCUAGAAGGUUUGGUCUUAAAAGAUUUGGAUUCAAUUUAUGAACCUGGAAAAAGGCAUUGGUUGAAGAUAAAGAAAGAUUACCUGCAAGGAGGUGAUAUGGCAGAUACAGCUGAUCUCAUUUUGCUUGGUGCUUUUUAUGGGACAGGAAAUAAAGGCGGUACAAUGUCAGUGUUUUUAAUGGGUGUGUAUGAUAAGGAGAAGCAGAAAUUUUGCACAGUAACCAAAUGUGGCAACGGUCAUGAUGAUGCUACACUAGAACGUAUCAAUAAAGAAUUAGAACCAAAAAUGAAUAAGAUAUCACGAAAAUAUGAAAAUUUACCGGAAUGGAUUGAAUGCUCUCGAUCGCUUGUUCCAGAUUUCAUUGUUAUGGAUCCAAAAGAAUCACCAGUAUGGGAAAUUGCAGGAGCAGAAUUUACACGAUCAGAUAAUCACACAGCAUCAGGUAUAUCGAUACGUUUUCCGAGAGUAACAAAAAUUCGAGAUGAUAAAAACUGGGAAACGGCUACUAGCUUACAAGAACUUGAGAAACUUUUGGAACUUUCGAAAACAAAAACCGAUAUUAAGUCAGAAAUUGAUAAUGCUGAAUCUCUUGACACAAACGACAAAAUUGAUGCAGAAGAUGACAGGGAAGCUUCAAUAAUAAGAAAAAGAAAACGAGAAGCAAUUAGCGAUAAUUCUAAAAAUGAUGAACAAGCAGCUAGUGAUGAGGAAACAAAAACGAAAAGAGCAAAAAUACCAUGCAAGUAA